AUGAUGGAGAUUGAGUCGAUGAUUCGGAUGGCGGGUCGGGUUAGGGUGAUCCACUUCUUCACCCACUACGUGGAGAGUAAGGCCGCGUGCUGGGUUGCCAUUUAUGUCACAGAUGGAUCUAUGCUUGGCUUCCAUUGCUAG